ACUGAGUGUAUGGGGAUCGUAUUUUGGGCUCGCCCAUCACCAUUUUCAGAUUUUCAGUACUACUCAAUCGCGAAUAUACGAUAGGCAUUUGUGCGAGAUAAUUGAUUAUUGUGUGAAAUUUAUGUGAAUAAAUCUGUGAACCGCUCUGUAGGUUACGAUUUGUGUUCAAUGUUAAAAGAAAUGUGCAAACAGUGAAUUCAGAUCUGUACAAGUGACAUUUGCAUUUAACAAAUAUGGGGAAGACAUACUGUCAAUCUUGUCGCAAAAAAUGUUCAGGUGAAGUUUUACGAGUCUCCGACAAAUACUUUCAUACUCAAUGCUUCCAGUGCGUGCAGUGCAAUAAAAGUCUCGCCCAAGGGGGCUUCUUUCACAAAGACGAUAAAUAUUAUUGUACAGGAGACUAUCAAAAAUUAUUUGGUACAAAAUGCGCAGUGUGCCAGCAAUAUGUUGAAGGCGAAGUUGUAUCAGCUCUAGGAAAUACUUACCAUCAAAAAUGUUUCACAUGUGCUAGUUGUCGUCAAGCUGUGCCGUCCGGAGAAAAAGUAACAUACACCGGAAAAGAAGUCCUUUGCCAGAAAUGUGUUCAAAUUCCAGUCAGACAAGUCAACAGUCCACAGAAAAGUCCCACUAGUCCAUCCAGCCCAAACCCCAAUGAUUGUGCCGGCUGUAACCAGGAAUUGAGAGAAGGCCAAGCUCUGGUUGCCUUAGACAGGCAAUGGCACGUGUGGUGCUUUAAGUGCCAGUCCUGUCAAACCGUUCUACAUGGAGAAUAUAUGGGCCGUGAUGGACAACCUUAUUGUGAGAAGGACUAUCAAAAGUUAUUCGGAGUAAAAUGUGCAUAUUGCAAUCGUUUCAUUUCUGGCAAAGUAUUACAGGCAGGGGAAAACCAUCAUUUCCAUCCAACAUGUGCCAGAUGUACAAAGUGCGGUGAUCCAUUUGGAGAUGGAGAGGAAAUGUAUUUGCAGGGUGGUGCAAUAUGGCACCCGCGCUGUGGCCCUGGACCUUCAGAGGGAGGAGCAGUUUUAAAUGGUCCUACUUCAGAUGGUAACAUAACUCAUCAGUCCAAUGGGCACUGUACGGACACUGAAAGCAGAGCAGAAUUUGAUCGCAUGAGCAGUUCGGUUAGUGAAAUGCAGUAUUCUUGUCGAUCACGUACUUCUAGCCUUAACGGAUCAUUAUACAGUCCUUACAGCAGUCUUAAUCGUAAGCACUUCGGUUAUCCCAGGACCACUUCACCUGGUCUGAUAUUACGAGAGUAUAGUGGAAGUAGAGCCGGUGCUUAUCCUGACGAUAUAUCUAGGAUUUACACUUAUAGCUAUUUGACCGAGGAACCCUCUCAUGGAUACCUUAAACGACCUAUUGAACCUUACGAUAAACCACCGACGUCGCCUCAUUUUCAUAGACCCUCAUCGGCUCAUUCUUUAAGAGGAAGUCAAGGUAGAGGAUACUCUAGGCAUUCAAGUAAAUCAGGAAUGAAGGUUAUGCUAGACAACAUGCGUUCCGAAACACCUAGACCAAAAAGUCCUGGCAUGAACAAUGAAGAACCUAUAGAAUUAGCGCAUUAUCCAGCUGCCAAAAAACCACCUCCAGGAGAAAAACCGAAAAUAGAGCGAGAUGAUUUUCCAGCCCCUCCGUAUCCUUACACAGAUCCUGAACGCAGAAGAAGGUGGUCUGAUACAUAUAAAGGUGUUCCUGUCUCUGAUGAUGAAGAUCAAGAUGAAACUGAUGCCUCUGUUAAGGAAACAAGUAAAAAAUCUGAGAUAAAACAAUUGAAUAGUAGUGUACCAAUAGCUGAUGAACAAUUAAAGAAAGAGGAAGAAGAAUUAAGUAAAAUAGCAACUGGUAUUGGAAAAGUGUUCUUAAAAAAUGUUCAAGAACGUGAGAAAUUACGACAAUACAAAUUGGCCCAUAUGGAUCCUAGAAAUGCCAGCAGAACACCAUCUGCCAAUCGUGAACCUGCAUAUAGAUUACGUUAUGAUUGUCCUAUUGGAGCUAGCCCUUCAAGAAAUUUGGAUCAUCCUAGACCUUUUGAUGAUGAUGAAGUAUUCGAUAGAUCAGUUAGCUAUCGAGGAUCUAUGGGCAGAUCAAUACACACUAUACCGAAUUAUAAUGUAAUAUCUUCCCUGCAUUCAGCGCCCAAACCAGGCUAUGGCUUAAAGUCAUCAACCCUACCAACUGGCAGAAAUGGAUAUUAUUCUGAUUUUUCGUGUAGCGGUAUGGGCGAUAAAACUCACAGUACUGAAUUUAGUAGUGGUAAAUCUGAUAUUUCUGCUGGAUCCAUCACAGAUGUGGAUCGACGUAUGAUGACAGAAUUACCGGUGUCUUCUACUUAUGCUGGUUGUCUGGGCGGAUACAACCCUAACCAGGGUCUGCACGUGCGCCGUUCAUUACCAAAUAUGGCUCAUUCCAUGCUGGUUAAUGAACCUGCCAAAAUUUAUCCAUACCAUUUGUUGCUGAUCACAAAUUAUAGGCUGCCAGCUGACGUUGAUCGAUGCAAUUUAGAGCGCCAUUUAUCAGAUGCCGAAUUCGAAGCCAUACUUCAAUUUACAAGAAAUGAAUUCUAUCGUUUACCUCAAUGGAGACGAAACGAGAUCAAGAGACGGGCGCGAUUAUUCUAAAAUAACACAAAACAAAUGCUGCUAAUUAAAAAUACAAAUAGGGAUUCCACAGAACGUUUUAAUUGGAAACGGAACCCUAAAAGGUACCUAUUUCACGCAAACACUAAAUAGCUACGCGCUUUUCUUAAAGUAUUCUAUGUGGUAGGUUAUUCUAUGCUGAAAAUUUCUGAGAAUUUUGAAUAGUAGCAACUAGACAGAAAUUUUAAUUAAAUUGCUAAUUAAAUUUGAAAAUUGCAUUUACGACAGAGUUUUUAAUGAUUGUAGUUUAUAUCAUGUCUGAUAUAUUUUUUGUCUUCAAAAUAGUACUAUAUAAAGUAAUAUAAUAUAUGAAA